AUGAAGAAUCACCCUCAACAUUGUUCAUUGCCAAUAUCAACACAACAACGACAAUCUUGUCGAUUAGAUUGGGCACAAUCUUCUCCUUUUCGAUGGAUUUAUGUUCUCUUUUGGUUUUGGUUAAAUCCAAUCUUCAACAGUGCUUCGAAAUAUAAAAUCACUGAUGAACAUUUAUUUGAUGUUUCACCAACUGAUGAUUGUCAACAUUUAUUAAAUAAACUUGAAAUUGUAUUGAAAACAUUUCAACAUUCAUCUCAAUUGAUCAAUACAAAGAAAAUCAUUGCAAAAACAUUUUGGAAAGAAACAAUAUUCAUCGGUCUUCUUCUAUUUCCAUAUUUUGCAGCUAAAAUAGCUCAGCCUCUUCUUCUCAAACAAAUUAUCAUGCAUAUUAACGAUAUUCAUGUAUCAUCAUCUGUUAUUUAUCUUUAUGCAAUUACUCUUGGACUUGUAAAAACAAUUCUUGUUCUCAUACAUCAUCAAUAUUUCUUUCAUAUAACACGAAUAGGAAUGCAUAUUCGUAUUUCACUUUCAACAUUUAUCUAUAAAACAUUAUUAUCAUUACCAAAUAAUACGAUACGAACAAUGACAUUUAGUCAAUUAUUUAAUCUUAUUUCAAACGAUCUCUACAAAUUUGAACAAUUUUUUGUUUAUAUUCAUUUUCUUUGGGCCGGACCAUUUCAAGCAUUGAUUAUAUUCAUUUUCAUUUGGAAUGAAAUCGGUAUUAUUGCAACUUUAUUUGGUUAUGCUGUUUUAUUAAUUCAAAUUCCUUUACAAUUAUAUUUUAGUUCUCUAUUUCGAUUUUAUCGAAAAGCAACUAUUCAAUCGACAGAUGAACGUAUCAAAAUCAUUAAUGAAAUGUUAAUGGCUAAUCAAAUGAUUAAAAUGUAUCAAUGGGAAGAAGCAUUAGAACAUCUUAGUAAUCAAAUUCGAUCGAAAGAAAUUCAAAGUAUACAAAAAGCAAAUCGAAUUCGUUCAAUUAACAUGGCUAUUCAUUUCUUUUCAUUAUCAUUGAUUUCUUUUGCUACAUUUGCUGGAAGUUGGUUCAUUGGUCAAACAUUAUCAAGUGUAACAAUCUUCACUAUUUUAUCAUUCUUUGGAAUAAUGAAAGAUCCAUUAACAGUUGGUUUUCCUUAUGCAAUUGAAACAAUGAGUGAAUGUUUUAUUGCAUCUCAACGAAUUGAUCAAUUUAUGAAUUUAUCGAAUACAAAUCAAUUACAACCCAUCCAUCAACAUCUCAGCAGUGAUUGUGAUUGUAUUGAAUUGAACAAAGCUUCAUUUAUAUGGAAUUCUUCUCAAUCACCACCACAACUUAUUGAUCUUGAUGUCAAGAUCAAAUCCGGAUCAUUGGUUGCUAUUAUUGGAUCAAUUGCAUCUGGAAAAUCUUCUUUAUUAGCUGCUAUUCUUGGUGAAAUGUUUCUUGUCAAAGGUCAAAGAAAUGUCAUUGGUAACAUUGCUUAUGUUUCACAAAUACCUUGGAUAUUUACAGGAACUAUUCGAGAAAAUAUUUUAUUUUAUCAAAAUUAUAACAAACAGAAAUACGAACAAGUCUUAGAAUCAUGUUGUUUAGUAUCUGAUUUACAAAGAUUUACAAUUGGUGAUGAAACAAUGAUUGGUGAAAAAGGAGUUAAUCUAAGUGGAGGACAAAAAGUACGAAUUGCACUUGCACGAGCUUUAUAUAUGAAUGCCGAUAUUUAUUUAUUUGAUGAUCCUUUAGCAGCAGUUGAUUCUCAUGUAGCACAAAUCAUUUUUCAACAAUGUUUUAGUCAGACAAGUAUCUUAAAAAACAAAACACGUCUUUUAGUUACUCAUCAAACACAAUUUCUCUCUCAAGUUGAUUAUUGUAUUCUCUUAGAUCAUGGUCAUAUUCAACAACAAACUUCAUUUACUCAACUUACCAACAUUGACAAGAUUCAACAUAAUAAUCAUUUCAAUACAAUUCAUCAGAUUAAUUCCACAACAAAUCAAUUCGAAACUCAUGAUAAACAUUCGAUUAUCAAAGAAGAAACGUCUAAAGAUGGAACAGUCAAUCUUUCGAUUUGGUUCAAAUUGUUCACUUCGAGUUAUGGAUGGAAAGGAUUCGUUUUUCUCAUUUUUUUCAUGUUACUAGGUGAAACUCUUCUUGAUACAACAAAUAAAUGGUUAAGUGUUUGGUCAUCAACAUCUAAACAACAACAAAAACAAUAUUUUUAUAUUUAUCUUGGAUUAACAAUCACAACAUGUCUCAUUGCUCUCUUUCGUGCUCAUGUUUUCUUUCAUAUAAUCCUACGUAGUGCAUCAAUCUUUCAUACAAAGAUGUUAAAAGGUGUUCUGUAUACUUCAUUGACAUUUUAUGAAAGUAAUCCUAUCGGUCGAAUUCUCAGUCGAUUUAGUAAAGAUCAACAGAUUCUUGACGAACAAUUACCAGUAACAUUUUUUGAUGCUAUGCAAUCAUUAUUCAUGACUAUUGGAAGUAUUAUCAUCAUUGCAAUGGCAAAUCCUUGGAUAUUGUUGAUUCUUCUCUUUAUUAUUCCAUCAUUUAUUUGGUUUAGAAAAAUUUAUCUACGAGUUAGUCGACAAGUCAAACGAUUAGAAAGUACAAGUCGAAGUUCAAUCUAUGCUUUAUUUUCUUCAUCAUUCACUGGAUUGAUGACUAUUCGAGCAUUUCAAGUUCAACCACACUUUCUAAAUUCAUUUAUGGAGAAAAUUAAUGCAAACACACGUGCUUUGUUCAUUUUCAAUUGUUCAACUCGAUGGUUUGCAUUACGAUUAGAUCUUUUAACUUGUUGUUUCACAUUUGUUACAGCUAUUCUUUCUGUUAUCUUGCGACAACACAUCGAUCCAUCUUCACUCGCUUUGGCUUUGGUCUAUGUCAUUAAUCUUUCCGAAUUAUUUCAAUGGGGUGUUCGACAAUCAGCUGAAACAGAAAAUUCCAUGAUUAGUGCAGAAAGAAUCGAUGAAUAUGCUCAUCUACCUAUCGAAACAGGUUUCGAUGAAGACGAGAUUCAACCACCCAUCGAUUGGCCAUCCCAAGGAAACAUUCAGUUCCAACAAUUUCAUUUCACAUAUCGACCUGAACUCGAGCCUGUACUCAAAGGAAUCAAUCUGAAUAUCAAAUCACAUCACAAGAUCGGUAUCAUCGGACGAACAGGUGCAGGAAAAUCAUCCAUCUUUCAAGCACUCUUUCGACUCACCGAUAAAUCGACUGUCACUGGUCAAUUACUCAUUGAUGACAUCGAUAUCAGUCGAAUCAGUCUACGAAAUCUACGUUCAAAACUGAACAUCAUUCCACAAGCACCUGUUCUCUUCAGUAAUACACUUCGAUACAAUCUUGAUCCAUUUCAUCACUACACAGAUGAACAAAUAUGGAAUGCAUUAGAAGCAGUUCAGUUGAAAAACAAAAUCACAAAUCUCGAAGAUCAACUCAAUACAAAAGUAGCAGAAUAUGGUAAUAAUUGGAGUGUCGGUGAAUGUCAACUCAUAUGUGUGGCACGCGCAAUUCUAAAACCAAGUCAAAUUCUUCUUAUUGAUGAAGCCACUGCACAUAUUGACAUGAAAACAGAUCACAUCAUUCAACAAAUCAUUCGUGACAAGUUUCGAAACUAUACGAUCUUAACAAUCGCACAUCGACUGAACACCAUCAUAGACAAUGAUCGUAUUGUGAUAAUGAACAACGGAACCAUCACCGACUAUGGAACACCACAACAAUUAUUAUUACAUAUAGAUGAAAAUCAAGAAGAAGAAGAAGAAACAGACACAUAUCUUUAG